AUGAUUCUUGUCGAACCACUGUGUGGGUGCCCUAGGUCAUCAGGAGGCGAGCUCGUACGGCUCAAACGGACCUGGUGCUGCAGCGGCGGCGGCGGCAGCGGCAGUGGCUCUCGAACUGCUGCUCUGUGCCGACAGCGACACCGAUCCAGUCCGCCUCUCAUAUCCUCGCCUUCGCUCGCGCCAUUCAUACCACCUUAUCCUCUGGCUCACCCUCUGGCUUACGUAGUGGAUGGGCAUGAAGGAAAGCGACGGGGACGGCAUAAGCGAGAUAUGGGGGCGGUUAUUGUCUGUGUCUCGAGCCCCGUGCUCACACCGGCGCCGUUAUGGUUUGAUAUUUUUGCUGGUGCUACGAACAUUGCUUUGGUUCUUUUCGCCACCCUUGGUCUCGGUGAACUAGCCGCGUCGCAACUUGUUAGCAAUGCUAUUCUCGUGGCAUGCCUGUGGGCUGCAAGUACUGUCGGUUGCGCAUAUUGGUCAGCUGUACAGCGGCAACGUGGCCGAGCACAGCGGCGGCUAGUGCAAGGGCCUCCACGUCACGGCGUCCAGCCUAGUGCUGGCGUUUCCAUUGCGGAGCCGGGCGGUGCCUCCACAGUUGCAGGGAUUGCCGAGCUCCUGCAACAAGAGGAGGCGGUCCACAGCGAUAGCACCGCCAACAUCAACAACAGUGGUGGCGAGGGUGCCAUUCCGAGCAGCGGCAUCACCCUCUUGUCUCCUGUCCAAUGCGGCUCGGGGAGGCUGGGCCCGGUGGCCGCAACCGAUAGCGGCAGCGGCCGCUGUGGUAUCGCGCUGGAUGUGGACACCGGGUGCAGCCGCCGUAGCACGGGAGCUCCCUCACCUGAGCCCCACCGGGUGCGGCCGCCGCAUGCUCCGGCACUCCCCAACGGUGCAGCCUGUGCAACUCCAGUCACACCUCGCGCAGGGAUGGCAGUCUCAGCAGAAACGAUGGCCGCGCUCAGCACCGCUGCCGCCGUUGCUGCUGCUGCAGCCGCGCAACAGCAGCCGGGACAGGAUGUACGAGGGUUACAACUUCAAGAGCUCAGCCUCCCUUCGCCGGCCGCCACCACCGCUUCCCCGCUGGACAGCGCGUCGCGUCCUCUGCCGCCGUACACGCCCUUCCGCCCAUCCCUAGACGCGCUGGUGACUGCCAAGCUUCCUGCACCUCGAGCCUACACUCCUUUCCUUCGCCACCACGUGACUCACGUGAAGCUGCAGGGAGUGGAUCCCUCCAUGAUCCAGCCCGGCUACCAGGAGCGGCUGCGGCAGCUCAUCCACGCGCGCACGGGCCGCUGGCUGUCGCAUGUGUACGUGCGGGAAGGCUGCAUUGAGCUGGUGCUGGAUUGCGAGGAGUGGGGCUCGGGAGUGUUGACACGGGGGUCGGCUUGCAGCACCUGCGAUAGCUACGGCGUCCCCGGCGGCAUAGGCUUGGAGGUGGAUGCGGAGGAGAUGCUGUGCGAUGCAGCGUCCGUGUUUCUCGAUGGCGAUGGAUGCGGUAGUGGGAGGCGCGCGUCGGCGGAAGGCGAGGGUGAGGGCGGAGGCGACUUUGCGGGGACAGGGGCCUGCAGGGGCAUGGGCGAUUGGGAUGGGAACGGCGGUGACGGCAGCGGCGCUGCCAGGAGCCGGCCGUCCCUGGCGCGGCCUCGGAAGGACAGCACCAGCAAGAGCACUAACAGCAGCAGCACUAGCAGCAGCAAGAGCGGCAGCAGCAUGGGCAGCUCGGUGCGGGUGCUGGGCGACGUGGAGAGGAGUUGUGCGGCGCACGGGCGGAGCAGUGCUGCGGGAGAUGCAGGAGGGCAAGGAGGGGCCGGUGGGGAGGUGCAGGCUGUGGAACGGAGAGGCGGGCAGCCGCAGCCUAGGAAGCUGAAGGUCCCUCGUGCACUUCUGGGCCAGCAGCAGAGCUCCGGGGGGGCUGCGGUCUCCGCAGCCUCAGCGCCGCCUUGUGCCGCCAUGUUCUUGUCCGCACCGGCCGCUGAACGCACGGCCUCGCUAGACUGGCCCACGACCUGUGUCCACUGCGAUGACCCCGGCACACCAUCAGGGGGUCAGGGGCUUCCGGGGCCUUGCGGCCUAGGGGGUCGACGGAGGCUGCGAACGGGGCAGCAGCAUGUUGACCCGGUGAACUGCGCGGCAGCGGAGGUGGCGGCGCUGCUGUGUGAUUCGACGAUGGAGGGUGUGGGCACCUGGGAGGUAGUGCGUGCGCUGCAGCUGCAGCCGCAGCCUUUGGGGCCUUGCGGGGAUGGCGCCGGGGUUGGCGGCAGCCGCGAGUUUAGCACUGGUGGAACUGGUAUCAGCACCGGCGCGGGCGCUGGUGCGGACGCGGGUGUGAUUGGUCGCGGUGGCGGCUUUUCCCGGCAUCAAGCUGGGGUGGCGAUGAUGGCGCCGACGUUGUUGGAGGGUCGAGCUGCUGCUGUGGCUACCGCAGCUGCCCGGUCCCCGCUGGGGUGUUUAUUGCUGCAUGGAGGAGGAGGAGGAGGAGAGGAUGAUGGACGAUGCAGCGGCAGCAGUGAGGGGGAGCACAGCGGCUCUCGGGCCAUGCGCGGAGGCAAUGGCAGUGGCGGCGGAGGUGGAGGUGGAAGGUUGACGACCGCGAACGGCGGUAGCGGUGGGGAUGCCUCGGCCGCUGGUGGCGCUGGCGACGCAGUAUCGGGGACGGCAGCGCAGAGGGUGGUGUUUGUGCAGCAGCAGCCGCCUGUGACUGCCCAAGCCGCGUCAGGGACUACUGUGACCGCGGCAGCGGCAGGAGCAGCGGGGGUCGAGCGCGUGGAGCCGCCCCUGACAUUGAAGGUGGUGGUACGAUGCAACUCGGAACUACUUUCCGGGGCCUCCCUGGAGCUACUGGUCCGAUCAGAAGGCCGCUACCUGCCGGCAGUUGUCGCGAGCGGCGGACAGCCGCCUUCGCACGGUGGCGACGAUGCGGCCGCGGGCAGCGACGUCGAUGGCCGCCUGUCGUACAACAUCGAGCUUCCGCUGUCUUCGCCGCAUUCGUCGCUGCACCCGCCAUCGCUGCUGCUGCGGCCUGGGAUUAUGUUGGUGGACCUCCGAGUGGCGGAUGUGCCGGUUCACGCGGCACCAGUUGUUGUAGUCCGCGACCCAAGAAUGGUUUCGGAGCUGCGUACGGCGCUAGCGACGGCUCAGCUGUCAGAUGAUGACCGCGACUCGUUGCUGAUGGAUCUGGGCACCUGGGUGUUCCACGCAGCUGCGGCGCGUCAAGAGGUUGCUAAUGCGCGCGGUGUCGGCGGUCUUGGCGGCGCCGGCGCGGCUGCGGGCUCGGGUCAAGGUCUGACCCAUGGGUCGCAGGGUGCUUUGGGAUCCGCUUUGGCCGGGGCGGUGCCAGCGCUGCCUUCCACGUGCCUCGUCGAUGCCGGUGACGAAAGUGGCACUGAGCGUUUGGGGAUGCUGGGACUGCACUUGUUGCGGUACGCGCUGGCAGCAGGCUGGUGGCAUACGGCAGCCUGCCUGGCGGAAGACUUGGCGGCCAUGGGCGUGAAAGAGGGUCUGGCGGCAGAGCUCGAGGUGGCGGCGGCGACGGCGGCAGCCGCCGCCCCUUCGACCAGAUCUCUGGCGCCUCCUGGCGGCAACCCGCUGGAGUUGCAUCGUGCUGUGACGGCCGACCCAGUGGCAAUGGGGCCGGGUCGUGGUGCGUUAACGACGAGCACCCCAACGGUCGUGGCAAUGCGGCUGCUGCCGCCUCCGCGUCAACUCCGGUCGGAGUGCCCGCGUGAUGGCGCAACAGCAGUCGCCGCGCCGCGAGUGCAGGGCGACAGCGGCAGCUGCGGCGGCGCGGCCGCCGCCGGCAGCGGUGGUUUUAAUACUGCUGGCGGCACAGGGCAGGUUCGCCGUCGCCAUGGUGCCGCGGCGCCCUGGCAAGUCGCCACGCAAAUCUUGGCGCCCAGGGUGGCGGCUCUCAGUGCCAAAGUCCAAGACGCGCAACGAGGCCGACAUGCUGAGGCGACGUCCGGCAGCCGCGCGGACAGUGGCAGUGCCCUCAUCAGCGCAAGGCUUCCCGACGGCGACGCGGCGGCUUUCGAUGCGGCAGAUGCGGCGACGGCGGCGGCCCCCCCUCUGACGGCCCUGGAUGCGCUGCUCGUGGAGACCGGGUUGCGGCGGUUGGGGUCCCCGGAGGCGGCGGCCUACCGCACAUAUGCGGCGCCUCGCAUUGCCGCCCAAGGUUACGUCAUCACCAUUCUGGAUUUGUUGUCCCUGGCGGCCCUGGCGCUCCGGGGCUCCCGGGGCCCCGCGGAGGCCAGCUCGCGGGUCACACUGCUGGCCUGCUGGGUCAGCGUGCUGGAGGUGGCGAUGCAGCUGAGGGCGAGGCGCGGGAGGUCCGGCAGCGGCACCGCCUCCACAGCCACCUCCAUGGACUGGCCGAGGAUACACCAGGUCUGCAAGUUGCUGCGCUAUGUCUCGUACGUGGCGACCAAGCUUCUGUGUGCGCUGGGUAUCGCUUCCAUGCCUCCCGGGAUCGACUGCUACGUGACCGGGGUGGCCAUCUUGGUGCAGGAGGGUCUUGUGCACCCCGCGUCUUGCCUGCUGUCACUGCCCCUGCUGGCAGUCCUGACCUCGCUGAGGCUGGUGGCCAACGCCAUGCUCGUCUUUGCGUGGGUGCGUGUAGAGACGGUAGAAACGCACGUUGGGCCCAUACGCAUGGCCAGUGGGUGCGUGUCGGACGCUGCACUCAAUUCUCCGGCUUCUGCUCCCGUGGACCGCAGGUUCAAGGGCGGCCGGAUUGGCUGGGGCGGCUCCGUGUACUGGGCAGCCGCCAUCAGCGCCACAGAGGUGCUCACCUCGGUGGCACUCAAUGUCCACUACCGUAUGUCGUACAGUCGCUGGGCUGCCGACAAGCGCCGCCAGCUGGCCGCCCGGCGCCAGCCCUGGAGCUCUUCCUCGCCUCCAGCGGCUGGGGAGCUUGUAGCAGGACUGGGGCAUUGGUCCGGUGUAUACCCACCAACGCUGCGCAAGGAGUGGAGCUCUCGGGGAGUUCACCGCACAGAGCGCGGCGCACCCGGCUCUCGUCACUCGGGUGCCCCUCCCGCGCCCCGUCGGUCGCCACCACUCCCCACCACCGUCACAACCACAUUCGCCAUCGCGGUCAACAACACCGACGGCAAGAACAUCCAUCACCAACUUAGCAACUGCAAACAGCAAACAGCAAAUACGUGCAUCAACAUCAACAUCAACAUCAUCAACUACGCCAAAGCUCGACUAUAA